AUGGCACCCUGGACACAUCUUGCCCAUUUUGAGGCUAAGGAUGGUAAAAAAUAUUUUGCUUCUAUCAAGUCUGAGUUAGAUGUUGCCCGACUAUCGGGUUCAAGUGUCACCGGCUUCGCAUCGUUCCCUGAUCUUCUGGAAAACAAGGAAGGACAUCUCGUUACAAUAAAACAGGUAUGCCUCUCAAUCCACACUUCCUGGCGCCUAGAGACGCUCUCUCCUGAAGCCUCCGAGAAAUCCAUAUUGAAGCUAAUUCAAUGUGGUAUACAGGUCCUGGCUCCGGUGCCAUAUAAUGGAGAUAUUAUCUGUAUAGGGCUUAAUUACCGCAAGCAUGCAGAAGAGGCCAAUCUCACAGUACCACUUGACCCCGUCAUGUGGUAUAAGCCCCGGCGAGCCCUUCGUGGACCAGGCCAAGUUACAAUCCCGAAAGUAGCAGCAAACAAUUUUCCUGAUUUCGAGGGAGAACUAGUCAUCGUCACAUCUAAAGACGCCCUGAAUGUUAGCGUUGAGGAUGCUCCGGGAUACAUCUUAGGCUACACCGUUGGUAAUGAUCUAACGGCUCGUGGAUACCAAGACCCCAAAAGAGGGGGACAACAAUUCACUCGAUGCAAAGCAUUCGACGGUUUCGCUCCGUUGGGGCCAGUGCUGGCGAAUGCACAGUCGUUUGGCGACACGGCAGGCAAGCGGAUUGUUACCAAGGUCAACGGCAAGGUAUUCCAGGACAGCGACUGUGACUUGAUUCACGACGCAGCUGCGCUGGUGAGCUUUCUCUCGCAAGGAACGACGUUACCGGCAGGAUCCAUGAUCAUGACAGGAUCUCCCCCCGGCAUCGGAUACUUUUCCAGUCCCCAAUAUCAGCUAAGAGAUGGAGAUGUCGUGUCCGUAGAAAUAAGCGGAAUUGGUACUCUUCUGAACACCAUGGUUUUCGAGUAG